AUGAGCUGGAUGUCGCCUUCGUAUCACUUGCUGCAAUGGCCCGAAAAUCCAAUCUCUCGUUAUAAAGUGUAUUUGUAUCGUGAACAAGGCUGGGACACGGAACACUUUGUAGCCGGCCAUCCUGUCAUUUUCAUACCAGGUAAUGCAGGCUCAUAUCAGCAAGUAAGGUCCAUAGCGUCCUCGGCCGCCCGACAGUAUCACGGAGAACCAGGAGGAAGAGCUCACGGAAUGGAGGCACAGAAAAAGCUAGAUCUAUUCACUCUUGACCUCAACGAAGACUUUUCCGCGUUUCAUGCUCGCACACUCAAGGAUCAAGCAACAUUCAUACAACACUCCAUUAUCCGCGUUUUAGGCGAAUACGACCACCUCGCCCUAAAUCAAAGACCCACACAGGUUACCUUGCUUGCGCAUUCCAUGGGAGGUAUCUCAGCUAGACUGGCGGUCAAACGUGAAGACGUGUCUAGUAAAGUGGAUAUGGUCUUGACAAUGUCAACACCGCAUACCAUACCUCCGCUCACGUUUCAGCUUGAAAUGGAGGCGAUAUAUCAACAGAUAGCGAAAUCCACUGGGCCCCUUCUUAUCUCGGUAUGUGGAGGAGUGUCUGAUUCCGAAAUAGUGUCAGACAGCUGCGCACUUUCUUCGACUACUAUCACAGAGGAGGACGGAUUUUCUGUGUUUACCUCUAAUAUUCCUGGCGUCUGGACAGGAGUUGACCACCAAGCUAUGGUAUGGUGUCAUCAGGUUCGCUGGUUGGUUGCUAGAGUCUUAUUGAGUAUGACUAAACAAGAGGAAAGAUCACGCAAGCUAGCCGUAGCUCGAAGAUGGCUGAUUGGCUCGGAUCAGAAAUUCAACCCUUCCUCGGGCAUAGCUCAAAGAAUUGCGGUGACAUCGUCCAACAUGACAAUAUUGAUUCAAUCACAGACAGAACGAGUGACAGAACUAUCGAUACAACAUUGCAACGAGGAGUGUCACAAUCUAACGAGUAAGACAGAACUCAUUCCCUUCCCGAAAGAUCCCAAUGCGCCCUUUCCAUUGCCGGGCGAAGGUAUCAAGGCGGGCGAAGUGGUGAUUGCAGCGGAUGUUACGCUACAUCAAGUCGACGGCUUCCUGGCUUUUAACUCCAAAGCUCAGGCUGUUGUCGACGUCGGCUCUCACUUGGACAAAGUGAUCCUUGGUUCAGAUUGGAGUGAGUGA